UUUUUCCUAUUUCUCCAAUUAAGAAACUGAAGCAGGAGAGGUCAAGUAUUUGCCCAGAGUCACACAGCUAAUAAAAGGAAGAGAAAAAUUUAACCAAGGCCAUCUACCUAAAAACCUGAGCUCCUAACUCCACUAGCCAUUCCUGCCAUUAAAUCCCCACUGAGGAAACAGAAAUUUCCCUGAAAAUCUACCACUUGGGACCUUUGGGGAAAAAGCCAGGAAUUCUGUGAAAUCUCAAAACUUCCUUUCCUAAACAGAAGAAACCUCAAAGGUGAGCAAAUCCAGCUCUCAAGUCCCUUCUCCACCUUCGGACUCCCUCUGAGGAACGGAAGACCUGGUGCAUCCUCUCCUGUAACCAUUAGACAGGCCGAUUUUCAGCCCAGCUUGGUGAAACCCAACCCAGGGCCAACGGAGGAGUCUGGAUUGUGAGCCUCAAGGAGGGAGGGAGCAGGGGAGGGGCUUUGAGAAAUACCAGGCAACAGAAAAUGCAACUCUCAAUUGCCUACAUGACAUUGACCUAGAGUGCCCUGCCAAUGACCCUCUCUUCUUUGAGAGUCACCCUCUAACACUCUAUCUUAGGACCUCUGCUCUCUCCCUUUCCCCCCAACCUUCCAACAAGGCUGUUGUUCUGAAGAGGAAUUUCAUCUCUAACCUUUGUCCCCAGGCCUGGCAGCUCACAUGGAUAAUGCACUAUCUCCUAACAUUGGCCCCUGGACGUUUCUUUCCCAAAACAAACCAACCUCCCUCACAUCCCCCACUCUGUACUUUCACUGAUUUUGCAUUGGCAACUUCUGCCAAGUUCUGCCUGUAACUGGCUUCAACUCUCAAAUCCAAUGUUUGGCUGCUUUAUCCCCUGCUGCAAGGAGUCAUGCCAUCUGUACACACUCUCCUUCUAGGGCCCCUGGUGGCCAGGACAGAGCCCAAACCACAGGUGUUGAGACCCUGAGCUCCGGGUUUGAGGCUCUGUCUCAACUGUGUUGAUCCAGGAGAGCCUCCCCCAGCAAUGAUCUGCUCAUUGCUCCUGGCCUUCCUACUCCUGCUCCCAGCCACAGUGGCCAUUUCCAGAGCUGACAGUCAGUGUCUGGCAUGUGGGGGCCCUGCCUUGGACCUGGAGAGCCAACGGGAGCUGCUUCUUGAUCUGGCCAAGAGAAGCAUCUUGGACAAGCUGCAUCUCAGCCAGCGCCCAACACUGAGCCGGCCAGUGUCCAGAGCUGUUCUGAGGAAUGCCCUGCAGUGCCUUCACGGGCCCCCCCAGGGGGCACUUCUGGAAACUGACAGGACGCAGGAAUAUGAGAUCAUCAGCUUUGCUGAGACCGGCCUCUCCAACAUCUACCAGACCCGUCUUGAUUUCCACUUCUCCCCUGAGAGAACUGCUGGUGGCAUGGAGAUCCAGCAGGCCAGCCUCAUGUUCUUCGUGCAGCUCCUUCCCAAUACCACCUGGACUUUGAAGGUGAGGGUACUUGUGCUAGACCCACAGGACACCAAUCUCACCUUGAUCACUCAGCACCUGCUGGAGGUAGAUGCCAGUGGCUGGCACCAGCUCUUUCUGGGGCCCGAAGCUCAGGAUGCUUGCAACCAGGGCCACCUGAUCUUGGAGCUGGUACCUGAAGGCCAGGUAGCCCAGAAAUCAGUCAUCCUGGAUGGGGCUGCCCAUAGACCUUUCAUGACAGCCCAGGUGAGAGUUGGGAGCAAGCACCAGGUUCAUCGGCGAGGCAUCGAAUGCCAGGGUGGGUCCAGGAUGUGCUGUCGACAAGAAUUCUUUGUGGACUUCCGUGAGAUUGGCUGGCAUGACUGGAUCAUCCAGCCUGAGGGCUACACAAUGAACUUCUGCACAGGGCAGUGCCCGCUGCCUGUGGCAGGCAUGCCUGGUAUUGCUGCCUCUUUUCACACUGCAGUGCUCAGUCUUCUCAAGGCCAAUUCAGCUGCAGGCCCUGCUGGAGGGGGCUCAUGUUGUGUGCCCACAGCCCGGCGCCCCCUGUCUCUGCUCUACUAUGACAGGGACAGCAACAUUGUCAAGGCUGACAUACCUGACAUGGUGGUAGAGGCCUGUGGAUGCAGUUAGUCCACAUGUGGAAUGAACAGCCUAUAAUGGGGAGGACACGUCCUCACAGAGGUGCCCUACCUCUAGAGGAGGGAAAGACUCCGUUACUGCUUCUGUCCAGGUGGGCUCCCUCCUCCUGAGCAACCAAUGGAAAUUAUCUCAACUUGGACUUGAAGAGGUCAUCUAACUAGAGUCACUGUACCAUUCUCCAUGACCACCAGGUCCUCUCCUAGAGCACAGACCAUCCAACCCCACGUGUUCGACUGCCACCCUGGGGACACUGAUCCACCUGCAACAACAAGCAGUGCCAUCUGGUUCCCAGUGAAGACACCCAUACCCCGUCCGUAAUCCACCCCCUACUCCUCUGUGCCUCCCUGUCCUCCCCCCUCAUUAGUUCCCACCCCAGGAUGAGCUACCCAGAGCCUUCCCUGAUUUUGUGGAUCUCCAGAGAGCACCUCCCUGGAAUUUACCAAAGAUGAGAUCACCAUUCUCCAAAGAGAAGCUUAGGCCUCUCUGCCUUGAGCUCUUUUCCUUCUUAGCUGCCCCUGUGGGAUGCUGAGGCGCUCUUGACACACCCUCAUCCAUUCUUUGAACUUUUUUGCCCUGCUGUACUUUGUACAUAUGCUCUUGGGGGCUGACUCACUUGAGCCCCUUUGGCCUCUGGCUUCCUGCUGAGUUUGACUAAGGGGAAAGACACAAGCAGGUGAUCAAAGAACAGGAGGAUACAGAGGUCAGGGGAUUUCUUAUUCCUGUUCCCUCUGCUUAAGUGCCAUGGUUCUGUGUGACUUUGGCUUUGGCCAUGUCCCCACAUCUCUUGUUGGGCUCCCUGCUUCCAUGAUCCAGCUCUGCCAAGGUUCUGAUAUCCCUGCUUCUGUGCUGAGGGCUUGUAAUGACUUUCCAUUCUUGGUAGUCCCUGGGUGCUUCAGCAUCCCUCCUUGCUUCCCUUAACCCUGCCCAUACCUCUGUACAUAAGUUCUUCAUUUAGCCUUCUUCAUGAGACAAACACAGACAGCUGAGUGGUCCUGUUUUCUGCCAGAGCCCUGGCUGCCACCACAAGGACAUGGAGUCUGUCUGCCCUGCCCACUCCUCUCUCUUCACACAGGCUCCACAGAGAUGAGCUACUUAGUGUCCAUCCCACACUUCAGGACUUUCCCUUCUCCAGCUGCCUCCUCUUCUUUCUUAGGCCUCCUCCUGCCUCCCAGAAUGAUCUUUGCUAGCCUCAGGGCUAACAGAGGCCUGGGGUUUACCUGUUCCUUUCCUCCCUCUGUACUCACUCCAAGAGGAGACAGGCUGGUGCUCAGUCAGCAAGCAGGCAGACAACCUGGCAACAUGCAUGCUGGGAAGCAUGGCUCAGAGCUGGCUGCCUUCCCUCACCAGCCACCAGAGCCCUGUCCAGGGUUCCUGCCUGGAAGCUGGGACUAGCCAAGGGCCACUUAAGUGGGACAGAAAGAAGAAAAGGAAGCCCUGGGAUUAGGAAAGAGAGACAUUUGCCCUGGGACUGAGCCCUCUCUGGACCUUUGCCCUCUUCCCCCACCAUCUUCUCGCUUUGGUUGGACAGCCCUGAACCAUGGGGUCGAUAUUGUCUGCAGCCCAAGGUCGAGUUUGCGCAAAAGCUGUGUGUCUUUUGGGUAACGUGAUGUCUGUGUUUGCUCAGUAUAUAACCCUCUCCUAACAGGGUCUGAGGUUCCUGCAAUAGGAGCCCUAGAGGAGAAAAUCGGACAGGGGCCUCCUGGUAGACUGCCAAUCUGAGCUGUGGGGCUUCCUGAGCAACCCAUGGAAGUCAGCCUACCUUUGACUUGAGGAGAUCUUCAUCCAAGGAGAGAAUCUAAGAAAGUCUUCUGUUGCCUGUCCCUCCUCCUCCUUCCCCCAUAUCUCUCCUCCCCACCCUCCAUUCCUCUCCCAGAUCUAACUUCCCUCCCUCCUUCCAAUUGCAGCUUCAGUCCCCAGGGCCAAGACUAAGGUGAAGCAAAGCAAGGCACUUGCCUGGGGAGCAGAAUUUUAAGGGGAUGCCAAAAAAUUCAUCAAUCGAGGUCCAAAUAAUAUCUUAAUGCAAUAUUUUAGAAACAUUAAAAUUAAUGCCAAAAAAUCUGUGAUGAACACAACAGCAAAUUUUAAAAUAAACACAGGAUCAGUAUUAUACCG